GUUGUUUCGGGGUUAGCUUGACGCUGCGCAUUGAUUGUUGUUAGCAGCCACGUCUCAAAGUCAGGUGCACAGAUUCUCUAAGUGAUCAACCCAGAUAGAUAAGAGAGGUUAUUGUUUAUUGAGUAUUGUUGUGGAGUAUGGCGGACAGCCCGGCUGUCUCUGUGGCUUCGUCCUCUUUACAUCUACAUCUCCAGCUCCAUACAGCGGCUAGCUAACGUCGAUGUGACACUUCCUCUUCUCCUCUUCUGAUAACACUCGCUGCUGUCUGGUUCACCCAGCUGCUGGCUUACUGGAUCUUUCACUGCAAACUUAAAGCAUCCAGAUCCAAAGAGAAGACUUUCCAGCAUCUGCAGCAGAGGACAGGGGACACCAAAACGGCGAGACUGAGAGGCUGACCAACUGCUGGACCAAUCAGAAGAUGGACUAACCUUCAAAACAUCUCAUCGACCCCCUCAACUCCCUCUUAUCACCAACCUGUCGGGCCCCUGGGGGCCCUCAGGCAGCAGGUGGGAUGCCGGGCGGCAAGCAGAAUGGCAGGCACCCGGUGUGGCACCUCCUGUCACCGUUUCGCACCCGCCAGGAGCGAGUGUUGGUGUCCCGCAGCGAGAGCCGGCCAGGGGAGGAGGUGUUAAAGAUCACAGUCACAGAGACUACGGUGAUCGAGGCGGAGUCAGGGGUGUGGAACUGGCGUUCUCUGACCUACCUGGGCCUCUGGUUCUUCUUCAGCUUCUGCACGCUGUUCCUCAACAAGUACAUCCUGUCACUGCUGGAGGGGGAGCCCAGCAUGCUGGGUGCUGUUCAGAUGCUCUCCACCACCGUUAUAGGCUUCUUAAAGAUGUAUGUGCCCUGCUGCCUUUACCAGCACAAGUCCAGAACCGACUACCCCCCUAACUUCAUCAUGAUCAUGCUGUUUGUUGGACUCAUGAGGUUCACAACGGUGGUUCUGGGCUUGGUGAGCCUGAAAAACGUGGCGGUGUCUUUUGCAGAGACGGUGAAGAGCUCAGCGCCCAUUUUCACUGUCAUCAUGUCCAGGCUGAUCCUCGGGGAGUAUACAGGCGUAUGGGUAAACCUGGCCCUGUUCCCCGUCAUGGUCGGCCUGGCCCUCUGCACAGCCUCAGAGAUCAGCUUCAACAUGCUCGGCUUCUCCGCCGCUCUCUCCACCAACAUCAUGGACUGUUUGCAGAACGUAUUCUCCAAAAAACUGCUAAGUGGAGACACAUACAGGUUCAGCCCUCCAGAACUGCAGUUUUAUACCAGCGCAGCAGCAGUCAUCAUGCUCAUACCUGCCUGGGUGUUCCUCUUGGACAUCCCAGUGAUCGGGAAGAGCGGGCGAAGCUUCAUCUUCAGUCAAGACAUCGUCCUGUUGCUGCUUUUCGACGGCGCCCUGUUCCACCUGCAGAGUGUCACUGCCUAUGCCCUCAUGGGACGAAUUUCCCCUGUUACCUUCAGUGUUGCCAGUACUGUCAAACACGCCAUGUUGGUUUGGCUUAGCAUCAUCGUGUUCAGUAACCAGGUCACCAUCCUCAGCGCCAUCGGCACCGUCCUCGUGUUCAUCGGGGUCCUCUUGUACAACAAGGCCAGGCAGAUCCAGACAGCAACCUUGAAGGCCAUGGCUGCUGAGCAGAACCACAGACCACUUCUGCAGGACUCAGAACUUAAGACUUAAAAUGCUGCAUGAAAUGGGGGUCAAGGUAAUAAGAAAAUUCUGUUUGCUUACCUGCGGCGGUCCGGACAGGAUGACUGGAUAUUUGUUUGUUCUUCACGGUGCACACAUUCCAGGUAAAGAGGACCCACCCCUUGUUUUGUUUUCCCACAAUACAUUUAGUGUGCUUUCACAGUUCACACCUGUAGUUCGGGUUCAUUUGGUCCAGACCAAGGUGGAAAAAAAUCAUGCGUUGUAGCAUAAACUUCUGUCAGUCACCAGAAUUUGAUUCCCCCACGUGGGUUCUGAUGAUGCAUUAUGACAAUCGCCAAAACAGUCCAAUCAACGACUUACCUGUCAGUCUGUAUGACUUCAUGUUUACUCCUCUUACUUCGUUUGUAAAAAGUCAGUGGGAGCAGGAACCGGACCAGAACUAAAAUGCAAAAAUGUAUAAUUUUUUUCGCCUUGGUCCGGACCACACAAAGUGUGAAAGCACUCGGUGCAGGCUUUACAAUUCCAUCACUAUUCCUGUGUAACAGUAUUCCUUUGUCCAUAACAUGAUCACGUAUACUUACACUUCAAUCAGCCUUGAUCCUUUGCUUUGUCUAAUAUCAGUCAGUAAAAAGGGAAGCUCAGGGUGUCCUUCAGCUUGAUGAAGGAAGCGACUUCUGUAAGCUUUUUGUCUUACAUUUUUGCAUUCCAGUGUGCUGGUUUUGUCUCUCAUCUGUGGUACAGCAGCUGCUGAAUGUAUGAUAUUGUGAAUAUCUGUAAAGCAUUGAAGCUGUAAGAUUUUAAUUCUGUGAUGGUGUAACAUGAAAUUGAUCUUGACUGCAUCUGAAUAUAAGAUGUGAAUAGGGCACCGGUGCCUGAGAUGGGAGGCCUUUUGGAGGCUUUUCCAGCCAAAGCUUAGACUUGUCGUUUGACACAUUUUUUUAAAUGAUGUGUGGAACAUUUGAAAGCCACAUACUGCAUUCUAGGAAUGCUCAUCCUCCCUCAUGAACUGCUGCGGGUUUAUAUACAUGCAUUUUCUUUUUGUUUUUCUUUGUAAACUGACUCUCCCCCCAAUGCAUGCUGGGAUAGCAGCCCUGGCGACCCUGAACAGGAAAAGGGGCCUUAGAGAGUGGACAGAUCGCAUAUUCAUGAUUUAAAGAAAAACGGUUUAUUACAACUUGGGUUUUAUUUUUGUAUCGGUUAUGUCCAACAGUCAGACGGUCAAACAGGUUUUAAAGAGGAUCUAUUAUGCUCUUGUGCUUUUUCCCUUUCCUUUAGUGUGUUUUUGUGCAUGUAAAAGGUCUGCAAAGUUACAAAGUCAACGCCAAAGGAAGUUACUCUCCCCCACAGAAACACUGCU